GUCGAGACCGCGCGGCGGUUGAGCGGCGGGCUGCGCCGGCGGGGGCCCGGCGGAGGGCGCAGCCGGCUCCACUUGGGCCCCUCGAGUCAUGUAAAGUAUCCACAUGCUUCAGCUCUUCCAUCCGUUCAGGUUACUGAGCAUCUGUUCUGGGCCAGGUCGUACGCGGCUGGACUGAGGCAUGAGCCCCUCACUGCGAGGUGGGGCCCAGUAGCGCGUCGCGGGAGGGGAGCGUCUCCCACACAUGGUUUGGCCCCGCAGCGCCUGGCGCCGCCCGAGCCGCCGUGAUGAAGCUGUUGGUGGCCAAGGUCCUCUGCAUGGUGGGCAUGUUCUUCUUCAUGCUGCUGGGCUCCCUGCUCCCCGUGAAGAUCAUCGAGGCGGAUUUUGAGAAGGCCCAUCGCUCCAAAAAGAUCCUCUCGGUCUGCAACACCUUCGGAGGCGGGGUCUUUCUGGCCACGUGCUUCAAUGCUUUGCUGCCCGCCGUCAGGGAGAAGCUCCAGAAAGUUCUGAGUCUCGGGCACAUCAGCACGGACUACCCGCUGGCCGAGACCAUCGUGAUGCUGGGCCUCUUCCUGACCGUCUUCCUCGAGCAGCUCGUCCUGACCUUCCGCAAGGAGAAGCCGUCCUUCAUCGACCUGGAGACCUUCAACGCCGGCUCGGACGCCGGCAGCGACUCGGAGUACGAGAGCCCCUUCAUGGGGGGCGCGCGGGGCCACGCGCUCUACGUGGAACCCCACACACACAGCCACGGGCUGAGCGUCCAGGAGCUGUCGAGCUCCAGCCCCCUGCGCCUGCUCAGCCUGGUCUUCGCCCUGUCGGCCCACUCCGUCUUCGAGGGCCUGGCGCUGGGCCUGCAGGAGGAGGGCGAGAAGGUGGCGAGCCUGUUCGUGGGGGUGGCCGUCCAUGAGACGCUGGUGGCCGUGGCCCUGGGCAUCAGCAUGGCCAGGAGCUCCAUGUCCCUGAGGGACGCGGCCAAGCUGGCCGUCACCGUGAGCGCCAUGAUCCCGCUGGGCAUCAGCAUCGGGCUGGGCAUCGAGAGCGCCCAGGGCGUGCCCAGCAGCGUAGCCUCAGUCCUGCUGCAGGGCCUGGCGGGCGGCACGUUUCUCUUCGUCACCUUCUUCGAGAUCCUGGCGAAGGAGCUGGAGGGGAAGAACGACCGCUUGCUCAAAGUCCUCUUCCUGGUGCUGGGCUAUGCCGUCCUGGCCGGCAUGGUCUUCCUCAAGUGGUGAGCGGCCUGUCGCUGUCGUGGUUGCCCCGCCCAGCUGGAGCUCGCCAGGAGCCCCAGGCCGGACACAAGCCCCGUCCCCCAGCCCCACAUCCCCCCAAGGGGGUGUUCAGCCCCUGGCUGCCACCUGAGCACAGAAGAGCUGCCUGGCACCAGGCCGUGCCCCACAUCCCACCCCCUGAGCCUCGGGGGACUAUUACUACU